AUGUCACAAUGGCUUUCCGAUUUAACUUUGCCGAGAAGACAUCUUCUUCUUCGAGUUUUUGUAAUUCCACUUUUGAACAACAGCACAACAGUACAAGUUUGGAAUAUUGCACAGUUCCCAGCAACUUUCCUACUGGGGUUUCAUAUGAAACCGAAAAAGUUAUUAUAAAUAAUCGUCGUACUUUAUGGAAGAGAAAAUCUGUAGAACUUACCAGCAAGUAUUUUAGAGUCGACCAGCACUGUCAGGACAUUAUCAGUGGUGUCUAUGAAGGAGGUUUCAAGCUCUGGGAAGGUGCCAUUGAUCUUAUAGAGUAUCUAGAUAGCAAUGACUGUCUUGAUGUUGAACAAGGUUUGGAGCUUGGUUGUGGCCACGGUUUACCAGGUAUAUUUGCUCUUCAGGAAGGAGUAAAGAUGGACUUUCAAGACUUUAAUAUGCCAGUUAUAACGCAAGUAUUAUUUCCAAAUAUCAUAUUCAAUGAUUGUACUUUAAAAGCUGCCAACUCCUUGUUUCUAGCAGGCGACUGGAGUUGUUUGUUUCAUUGUCAACUAAAGGAAAAAUAUGACUUGAUACUUGCUUCAGAAAUCGUUUAUCGUGUGGAAUUAUUUCCUUUGUUAUGCAAUUGUCUUGAAUAUCUCUUGAAAGACGGUGGAGUUGCGUAUUUUUCAGGAAAAUGUUUCUAUUUCGGAGUAGGUGGUGGUACAGAGGCAUUUCAUUCGUUUAUCGAUUCUCGAAAACUUUCAUGUGUUUGUGUGCAUAGAAUACAAGAUGGCAAAAGUAACGUGAGAGAAAUAUUACAAGUGAAAAAGGCAACAGUAUCAAAGAAAUAUUUGCAUACAGAAAUGUAACCAAGUUGUUGGUUUCUACUGAGACAAACUCAAAAGCUCCUAGGACAAGUUGCACAUGUU